AUGUUCCUAAAGGAUUUGUGGCAGUAUAUGUUGGAGAGGGUGGCAAAAGGAAGAGAUUUAUCAUUCCAGUAUCCUUCUUGA